UGGAGACUCAAACACAACACAACUAGUCUUACUGUGCACGCCGCCAUGCUCUGCUGGGAGGACAGGGAUGUACACUUCGAUAUCACGGCCCAGUAAGUCUGACAGCUAGUAACCCAGAGCCGAACAUCAUCCCCCCAUGACUACUGACGCCACUAUGCUCUGGGAGGACCGAGAUGUUCGCUUCGAUAUCCCACCCCAGCAGAUGAAGAUGAGGGCCGGGGAGCACAUGAUCGACAAGCUGGACUCCAUCGAGGACACCAAAGGCAACUCGGGUGACCGCGGGCGCCUACUCAUCACCAACCUCCGCCUGCUGUGGCACUCCCAGGCCAUGCCCCGCGUGUCCCUGUCUGUUGGCUUCAACUGCAUCAUCAAUAUAACAACUAAAACUGUUAAUUCUAAGCUACGUGGACUGACAGAGGCACUCUACAUACUCACUAAGGCCAACAACACACGCUUCGAGUUCAUCUUCACCAACCUGGUUCCUGGCACCCCCAGGCUCUUCACUUCUGUCAUGGGAGUUUAUAAGGCAUACAACUCCUCCAAGAUGUACCGAGAGCUGAAGCUGCGCGGGGCCAUCAUUCAGAACAAGCAGCUCAGGAUCCUACCACAGGAACAGAUAUUUUCCCGGGUCAACGGUGUUUGGAACCUGUCCAGUGACCAGGGCAACCUGGGAACCUUUGUGAUCACCAAUGUGCGUCUAGUGUGGUUUGCCAACAUGAACGAGCUCUUCAACAUUUCUCUUCCUUACCUCCAGAUUGCAUCUGUCAAAGUUCGUGAGUCUAAGUUUGGGAUGGCCCUGGUGGUGGAGAGCUCUGAAGCCAGUGGAGGGUAUGUGCUGGGGUUCAGGAUUGACCCAGCAGAAAAGCUUCAUGAAAUCCACAAGGAGAUAUCUGCCCUUUACACAGUCUACUCGCAGUGUCCAGUGUUUGGAGUGGAAUUUGUUCUUCAGGACAAGCCACAAGCGGAUGAAGACCAGUUGGAUUUGCCUGAGAUGGAUGAAGAGGAAAUAGAUGAAAGUGUGAGUGAUGCAGGCGACGUGUUGGCAGCAUACCUUGCCGACGGCCACCAUCAUGACCUGGAGCCAGUGUUCAGUCCUGAGCUGGGCCUCGCUGUGGAAAAACUGAAAGAUGGCUACACUCUGCAGACACUCUGGGAAGUCAUCCCAAGCUGAGGUAAAGCGUGAUUAUGUCUGCUCCUGAUUUCUCCACACUCCUUUCUUGGACCAACUAAUGCUCUAAAUGGGAAUGCUUGGGCAUUUUCAAAUAGAGAGCACCAAAGUGAAGGUUAAUGAUUUAGCAGUUCAGAUUCAAACACAUACAGUGUGUGCGUUCCUGGUAGAGUUGUCUCUGUUACUGCAAAUACCAACUCCUUUCAACUCCUUAUUUUUUCAUUUUGUCUCUUAACUCCGAGUUAUUUUUUGCAUUUUGAGCAUAAUUGUCAUGAAUUUUUAUGUUAUGAUAAAAUCAUUACAUUAAUUACUAAUAUUACAUCAAUUAUAUAUAAGGGAUAAUUCUGCGUGUACAUUUUUUAAAAUCUUUGGUAUGUUACUAAUAAUUGUAUUGCUUGUCUUCUCCUUCCCUCCUAUGGUACUGCCAAGUAUUGUAUUAUAUGAACAUCCUGCUACUGUCACAUAUUACAUGCAGGAGGGUUUGGUUCACUACAAUACUUACAGAACAUGUUGAAAUGUCAUAAGAAAAUGUCAUUCUACAAGUAUGAAUUAAACACACAAUGAUCCCAACAAGUUGUACAUUACAUCACAUUUAACAACGGAGUCUGCAAUAAGUAUUAGGUGACAUAAUGUUAUUAUAACUAGAAACAAGACUGUGUGCUUCAUGAGAGUCUGUAUUUACAGUAUAGAGUAAUCUCUAGGGUACAGAAAAUUUGUUAACAGGUAGUGUAAGUCAUUUCAAAGAAAUAUCAUAAAAGUUCCCCUAAUUUGAAUAAUUAGUGAUAAUGUAGUUAUUAUCAAAGAUUUUACAUUCCAGUUUUGCAUCUCUUGUGAGAACAAAAGAAUGGGCAGAGCAGAAGGAAUCAAAGUUGUACGUCCCUAGUGAGGGGUCUUAUUCCCCAAUCAUUUGUUUUAUAAUAGCAAUAAAAGUCAUAUAAAACAACAAAUUCCAGACUGUUUUCUGAGUUAAGCUAUGCAAACUUAAAACUAACCACCAAAAUAUCAACUAAUAAUAAAAAAACUGUGUUUAUUAAAGAAUUGUCAAUAUGAAUCACAAUAUGCUGUACUCAGGAACUAUAUGGCAGAGCAAGAGGAACCUUUAUUAUGAAAGGUCCUGCAA